UAUCGGGACUUAUAUUUAUAUGUUGGCAUGGUGUAAAGCUAAUUCAACCUAUCCGAACAGAAAAUCAUGGAAGAAAAGAGGUCAAAUAAAGGUAUUAAUGUAUCCGCCGUGCUGCUGGUCAUAAUUUCGGUGAUAUUCACCGCUACUGCUGUGGUUCAGUUUAUUUGGACUAAAGAUCUUCAGGAGAAGUAUGAACAAAGUCAAAGAGAAUUAGUUCAACUGAAGACAGAUUGUUUCAAAUUUAGUCUACAAGAAUCGCCGGAUUCUGUUUUGGUUCUUAACAACAAAGAGCCGGAACCUUUAGAAGAGAAAGAUGGGCGUCACAAGCGAGACCUUCAGCAGAUGUUAACAGACAUGAUGGUCGCCCAGGAGAAGAUUCUGUUAGCACAUUGUUUGAAUGAUACAGUAAAAUUAUGUGUACCAGGUGUUAAGGGUGAUCGGGGUUUCAAAGGUGAUGCUGGUUUACCAGGAACUCCUGGAAUACCUGGCGUACUAGGCUCGCAAGGAGCUAAAGGAGACACUGGGCUGCCAGGUCAAAAAGGAGAAAAGGGAAACCCAGGACCAAAGGGUGUGAAGGGCGAGCGAGGAACUGAUGGUUUCAAAGGGGAACCGGGACCUAAAGGUUCCGCAGGAUUAAAUGGCUUGAAGGGAGAACCAGGAGUUGCGGGCCCGAAAGGGGAACCAGGUCUGAGAGGACAAAAAGGUGAUCCGGGAUUACAAGGCGAAAAGGGGAGCCAGGGACCUGCAGGUCUUAAUGGAGCAAAGGGUUAUCCUGGUAUUGCUGGGCUAAAGGGGGAGAAAGGAGCUACAGGGCCACGAGGACCUCCUGGAAUACAGCUUCAAAAAGACUGCAUGUGCAUAAAGCCGCCGGUGAUAGACACAUUCGAGCCACUAAAUGAGACCAAUUAUUACAGACUCGGAUCUUUUGUUCGCCUUAUGUGUGACAGCAACUCGACGUCACCCCCUCCUACAAUCACAUGGUCCACACCAGAUCCAAACCCAUGUCAAAGCGUCUCAGAUCCGAACUAUUACAUCAACAGUCUGCAGCCCUCUCAGGUUGGUAACUAUACCUGUACGGUCAGCAACCAGUAUGGCUCCUCUUCAAAAACAUUUGUGAUCAAGAGUCAAGACCCAUCAGCUAUCUCGUGUGACUUUGAGAAUAAUGAUCUAUGCUUAUGGAAAACCAACCAGUCAAGCACUGGUACUUGGAAGGUUAAUAAAGGUCAAACACCGACCGGAAAUACUGGUCCUAACAAUGACCAUACAAAAGGAAACAGCAAUGGUGUUUAUGCUUACAUUGAAAGUAGCUUCGAUCAGCCGGGAUCUUUGGCUUAUUUGACAUCACCGGAACUACCGUCAUCUGGCCAGGCUUGUUUCUCAUUCUGGUAUAACAUGCAUGGACAAGAAAUAGGUUCCCUAAAAGUUGAAACAGUGGAAAGACUGAAAGACUGUUCGGAAUCGAUACAUGAUAAGUUGACAUUGGCAAAUGAUCAACUAAAUGUUUGGCAUUUAGCGCAGAUUAACAUACCAGCUCUAAGCAACCCCUAUAAAAUUGUCCUGAAAUCCAUCCGAGGGUCGGGUACCCAUGGGGACACAGCAAUAGAUGACCUGGAGUAUUACACAGGAAAGUGCAGAGCAAAUCUGAACUUGGAUGGUCCGGCUCAAGAGUAUAUUACUAGCCCUGCGAACUCGCCUCUUGACCUUGUUUGUAAUGUCACUGGUUCUCCGCCCCCUUCAAUCACCUGGUCUAAACAACAUUCAUGUGGCGGAAUCACCCAGUUGAGUACAGGUCCAACUUUACAUGUUACAACGCAUGCAACAUCCGGUGAUAGUGGAACAUAUAUUUGCACAGCAUCAAAUGGUCUAAGUAAUAUUACUAAAACUAUCAACGUAAAAAUAAAUGCCACCGGCUUUGAUGACAAAUGUACUUUUGACAAUGGUGAUUACUGCGGUUGGACGCAGCCCUCUACUGACGAUUUCGAUUGGACGAUACAUUCUGGGCCUACCCAGUCGGAUAAUACUGGGCCUUUAACUGACCAUACCCAGUCCUCUAGUGGAAGCCACAUGUAUUUAUAUAUUGAGACAUCUUCCCCUCGAACAAGAGGAGAUAAAGCGGAUCUCGUCUCACAUACACUUCCAGCUAACCAAACUAUGUGUUUUAAUUUUGCCUACAAUAUGUUUGGUGCAGAGACUGGAAAUCUGACAGUUUUCCUAGAGGAUCAGUGCACGAAGCAACGACGUCAAAUUUUCUUCAAGUCAGGCGAUCAGGGUCAAAACUGGUUCGUCACUUCAGCGAACAUACCUGCGAGCACUGUUCCUAACGACUACAAGAUAAUCAUUGAAGCUGAUGUGGGAUCGUCCUAUCACGGGGACAUCGGCAUUGAUGACCUCCAUAUAAGUGAUUCAUCGUGCACCGUCUCGGAUAUAGACUGUGAUUUUACUCACGAUACAUGCAAAUGGACGCAACGUCAAACGGAUGUUUUUGAUUGGACAAGACUUUCUGGUACAACUGUUUCUUCAAACACUGGACCUUCUGGGGAUCACACUACUCCCGGUGGAAAUGGCUUCUACAUGUAUAUAGAGGCUUCACAGCCCCGUAGUACUGGUGAGGUUGCGGUACUCCAGUCGCCGAAGCUCCCAGCUGGUCAAGAUUACUGCUUCCAAUUAGCAACAAAUAUGUAUGGUGAUACUAUGGGUUCAAUUGAUGUUGAUAUAGAGGACGCAACAACAAGUAGAGCAAACACGCUCGCACACUAUGCAACUGGUGAUACAAUUGAGCAAUGGCGGGAACGUAGCAUUUAUAUCCCGGCACAGACGAACAGUUUCCGUAUUCUUAUAAAAGGGAUGGUUGGAGCGGGAUUCGCUAGUGAUGCAGCCAUAGAUGACCUCCGCAUACAUAAUGGGAAAUGUUGAGAAAACAAUCAUAGUUUGAAUAAAGUGAUAAAAAAUGAUA